AUGUAUAAAAGAAAAACAAGACGUCAACUUUUGGUAAAAAAGGAAGCUAUUGCAAAAAGCUUGGUAGAUAAAGCAAAUUCUGUGCCAAACCCUUUAGAACCUUUAAAAUUUUUUCAUAAAUAUGUAACAAAAGAUAAUGAAAUUAUUGAACUCUCUUGCAUGAGAGGUAAAGAUGCACAGGCUGAAUGCAUAUCUUGGAUAUUUGAUAUUAUGGAACGUAAUAUGAAAUCUAUGUAUGAACAAAGUGAUUGGGGUUGGGACCCAAUUGCCAAGCAAAAUGAAUUAACAGAACCAGAGGCUUGGUAUUUAGUAGCAUCUUCAAAUAAUAAAUUUGUUGGAUUUUCUCAUUUUCGCUUUGAUAUAGAUCAUAGGGAAGAAGUAUUGUAUUGCUAUGAAAUACAAUUGGAAUCCACAGUACGGCGAAAAGGACUUGGUCAUUUUAUAAUGUCAGCACUUGAAUCUAUAGCAUCAGAAUACAAGAUGCACAAAGUAGUUUUGACUGCAUUGAAGCAUAAUCCAUCAGCUAUGCAGUUUUUCUGUUCUAUUGGCUACAAGAUGGAUAAAACCAGCCCAUCAGCAUCUGAUCAAGUGGAUUAUAUUAUUUUAAGUAAGGCUGUUGAUAAUGGAACAAUGAGCAGAAAGCUAAAUUCGUUUCAGUGAAUCGAAGAAAGUAUCGAAUUC